AUGGCUGGAAAUUCUAGAUUUCUGUGGAUUUCUUCAACUUUGUGGCUGCUGUAUAUUUCUUUCGCCUGGUCAAAUGCUAUUCAGCGACACAAAGAGCCGGCCGAUGAGGACAAGAGUAUCAUAGUUAAAAAGGUCAGGGAAAAUUUAUAAUUAUAUUAUAACGAAGUACCAGAUAUUAUCGAUAUUAGCAUACAAUCUAUUACUGCGUGAAUUAUCUUUCUUGCCUGAUCACUGAACGAUGAAAGGAGCAUCCUGUAAUUUGUAAUUGAGGGUAGAGUUAUUGGAAAUUAAGUUUGUUUUUACCUCGUCAGGCAGCCAUUUUGAAACUAUACCCUUUAUUUAAUUAGGAUUGGUUAUAUCUGAAGCAAUAGCAUUUUAGUGACCAGUUCCUAGAUAAGGGUAAUCCAACAGAGAUAUAUAAUAUCAUGACUAGGCGUGCUGCGCCAUUAUAUAAGCGCAGCGUGAUUGGAGUGGCUGAUUAUUAGUCUACCACUUGCCCAGUACUUCUUUGUGGGAAACACGAACAAAAGCACAAUAAUUGGUACAUACGGCAAAAGGUAACUAUAUAUUUUAAAAAUUACUGGUGGAUAAACGUCAUGCUGAUAAUGUAUCAAGGGUGAAUUGGGCAGGAUGUCAUCAUCAUCAUCAUCAUCAUCAUAAUCAUGCUCAGAUCAUCAUCAGUAUCGUCGUAUCACUUGCUACCCAAUUAGUAAUUUUGAUCCUAUAACAAUUUGAAUACGACCCUUAAGUAUUCGCCAAAACAAGUUCAACUCUUCUUACUCUCCGGUUAUUCAAACUUUGGAUAGCGCUAUCCACGGAUAAAUCACCAUCCAGCGGAUCAGUCACUGUAUUGCGGAUCAAUUAUACGCUAUCCGCCGAAUAGUGUUUUAUUCGGUGGAUAGUGCUAUCCAACGUUUGAACAACCAAGGCCUCGAGUUUAUUUGCUCCAGUGACUUCAUUCUUAAUUUAUCCUUAUUAGUUUAGACAUGGCCUAAUCAGUCUUCAAGAGGUAGCGAGUACAAAUUGUAAUAACAAAUUUCCACAUAAUUACUGCAGAGUAACUCCCCGUUACUUAUGUAAUCAUAACUAUGACAAAAUUCUCCAAUCAGAUUGGCUAUGAACUGCCCUGAUUUCAGCCUUAAUAGGACAAUUUAAUUGGAUAAUACGUACGCGCCAUCACACGCGCGCUUUAAUGGUUUUUUUUCACUGCUAGCAAAAAAAAAUUGGAAUUUCUUCUGUUUUGAUUUUAAAAAGAGCCUUAUGUAUCACAAUCGUCCAAUUCGGUCUGUUAUCAUACUCGAAAUUAAACAAAUCGUAUUAAACAAAUCAUACUCCCGCUACGCGGUCGUCCGAUUUUGUUAAUCACUCGUAUGAUUAUAGACCAAAUUGGACUCCACUCAGUCCUGUUACUAAUACUAAUAAUCUGAGUAACAAUUGAGAAAGCCUUUGCGAUUAUAAAGUAAAGCUUUUUCAAGUAAAGAGCAGUCAUCGAAGUAAACAAAUCGCUGCUGGAAGCAAAUAGCUGUGUAUUUGGCUUUCCAAGAGAGGGAAACGCACAUUGGAUUAGAGAGUAGCGCGAGAAUAUUUUAAAAAGAGUAAAAAAUCAGAAUUAAGUAAAUCUGAAUUCUUUUCACAAUUUUAAAAGCAAAAAUAUUGAAUUUUAGCCAUUUGCAAAAAAUGCAUUGUUACAUGAUAUUCGUUUAUCUCUUUACAGAUGAUAGCACCUGGCUAUUAUUCCCAAGAAUGUAAUGCACACAAGCGAUGCAAAGAUCCUGUUAAAUAUUGCCACAUGUUUUUGUGCGUGGACUGUUUAAAAGAAAACGUAGCCUGCACUCAGAAUGGUCAGUGUUGUCCUGGAUCAGAGUGUAUCUAUGGCCGCUGUAAGACUGGGGCUGCCGCUGGACAAGCAGGUAAGAUCGUUAAUUUCUUGGCUACAGAUUGGGUCGACAUGGUCAAUGAUGCAGAUUAUUGCAUUUCUGAACAGACUGAGCUUUCGAUUCUUAAGUGAUUAAGCUGGUAGGCAGCGAAUUCAGAAAGGAAAGGAUGGGAAGAGAGGAGGAAGGAAGGAUAGAUUCGUAUGAAAAGUCCAAAUUGUGGCCUUUGCGCAUGCGCCAAAAACAACUCUAAAGCUUUUUAGAAUUACAUCAAAUUAGCAGGAAAAUAUGCCUUUAGUGUCGCACAAUUCAUUUUUGCCAUUCCAUGCUACUUGGCUGAAGGUCUGUUCAACACUUACGAGCAGUUAAAAAGUGCGGUUUAAAUGAAAAAGCUUUUAAAAUUUCCCACAUGGGUUAAAUCUGAAUCACUUUGUGCUGGUUUUUCAUUGCAGGAGCGUUUUGUGACAGACAAAGUGACUGUAAAGACCCAGAUCUUUGUUGUGUUCGCGAGGCUGCCAUUAACCCCGCCAUUUCGAUUUGUAAGCCCGCCUUAGAUGAACAUCAAACGUGUGGACCGUAUAAUCAGUACCGUACGCUCUACAUUGGUGGUACUGUGCAACCAGCCUGUGGUCCUUGCAAGCAAGGAUUAACGUGCAAACAAGUCGGGUAAGGAAACACCUGUAUGUGGAAAAAGUUUCAUGUGCACAUAAACCAGUUAUAGUCUGCUGGCAGGCUCUGUAGCAUUUUGAUUUGUUGACGGACCUCGGCGUCUCACUGUAUUUUACUUCUCACGUUACAGUUUAGGUUGUUAAAAUCCCCUUUACGUCUUUAAUUUCCCUUUUCUUAAUUUUUCCAAGGAAAAAAAUUUAAUCCAAAAAUUUUGAAGUUAGGCAAUCAGUAAGGCGAAAGACUUCAGCCUUUGUAAUUGAGGUAAUUAUAAUAAUUGUCAAAGGGGAGAUUUACGAUUCCUUGCGCGCGCAAUGGCCCUUUGAUAGAAAGGUCCAAGGACUUCUGCUCGGAUUAUAGAUUUAAGAGGAAGCUAGUGAAAUUGGUGAAAUAUUAAUCUCCUACACAGUCUCCCUUUGUGUCCUGGAGAAAGGCAUAUAGAAUGAAGACUUAAAGAACAUCUACGUAAGGGGAUUGGUGGUGCCUGUGUUGAACUGUGGGAUAAAUGUUUUGUGUUAUUUAAUUUUUCAGGAUAUUUGGCGUCCACCAAGUUUGUCUUCCAGAAUCAACCCCUUCCGUAGGAAAGAAGUAAAAAGUAACCAUCGAACUUUGCUUUAAGGAUGAGAAGUUCAUGAACGCUUACCUCAAAGUUAAGCCAGUAAUAAAGAGCUCAAAAUUGUGCGAGAAAUCCGAUGUUUGCUUGGCGCCGAGAAAAAAUAGUUGUCACUAAAUCAGUGCCAAUCGACGGUCUGCAGAAUUCAGUAUAUAUUUAUUAACAAAUCAGUUUUGAUGAUUCAAGUGAUUAUGUGUGGUCAUGAAUCAGUUAUUCCUUGCUUUAUCCGUAAUUCGUAUCUUUUAGAAAUACUUCGAAGAAUUUA